AUGUCCCGCCGUCCCGCGCAAGAGAGCGAGAAGUCGUCGCUACCGAAGACAGACAUCAUCCUGCCCAUGUCCCGCAGAGCCGGCGAAGACUGGAUGGCCCUCAUCGUGUCCCGUACCAAGUCCCACGAGUUCCGCAAGGUCCGCUAUCCACCCACACUCCGGCGUAUCUGGUUCUACGAGACCGCGCCCAUCUCUGCCAUCCGGUAUAUAUGCGAUGUCGGCAGCCCUGUCGUCCGGCCACCCAAGCACAAUCUCCCGCCAGCCUCUUCAUCUGCACCCUCCCGCGGUAGACGAAACUUCCUCCCCGAAGAUGGAAGCACCGGGAACUCGGACUACAACGCAUACCAUCCAGACUACGCCGGCUAUGACUACGCGUACCCCAUACUCUCAUGCACAAAGCUGGCGGUACCGGUCGACCUGGCGCAAAUGAAGGACACCUUUGGGAUCAAGGGCGCGCCGAGGGGGAUGGUUUUCGUGCCUGAUGCGAUGAGGGAGGCGGUGGAACUGCAGGAACAGGAGAAAGUGUGGUAG